CCCACUUGAAGCCGAAAGCUUAGGCCAUGAGAAGAUGUGAAAAUGGAAAUAGAUGGAUAGAGAGAAAGAGAAAAUGGGUUUCGCAUCAGUUAAAGCAGACGCUAAUACUAGCAACGGCAACAAAGAAAGCAAGGUCAUGGGUUUACUCUUGGUGUUCUUCCAUGGCGGAGGAGACCAAACCAAAAUCACCACCGAUUCCACAGCCAUUAAUGACCAAAUCAAUACCACUAAUACUACACCAACAAGAUUCAUGAGAAGAACAACCAGUUCCACUCUCCUUUCCUCCAAAGCUAAAUCUACCAUUUCGAUUUGCCUUCUCUUGGUUUUCAUUACUCUUCUUCUCUUCACUCUCUCUACUUUUGAACCCUCCCCCACCAUCAAAAACCCUCAUCGAAUAUUGUCCCAGAAGACUCAAUUUCCUCUUCCUUCUCCUCCUUUUAAAGGGUUCUUCCCUAUUUGGGACUUUAAACCACCGAAUGCCAAACAGAAACCCAGUGUUUCUCCCUCUUCUUUCGCUCUGCAGAGGAUGGGAAUUUUGUAUAGACGUGGGACGAAAGCCAUGAACGAUCUUAUUGUCGGCCAUGUUGUUGAAGGUUUGACUGAAGAAGAGCUCAGGCUUUUCCUAAGAGUCUUGCAUAGGUCCGGUAUCACUUCGAAAGCCGACAUUGUUUUUCUUUUUGAUUCGUCUUCUUCUCCCUUAUCUUCCAGAUUCAGCAACGUUAUUCAUGAAGAGAACGAGUCGUUCUUGAAACUCAUUCAACACUACAAAGAGUCUAAUAAUAAAGGGCACAGUGACUCGGUGUUCGGUUUUGACUCGACCCAGUUUUGGAAAUCUGGGAAGAAAGAGGUUGGGGAGACUAUUUGGGGAAAGAAGGGCCCCGGAGGGAAUUCUUGUAGUAAUUCAACUGAAGCUGAAGGUGAGUCAACUCGGUUGACUUACGGCUCGGUUGUGGGAUUCGAUGUGAACGAGCUGGAUCCAGAGAACUCGCUGGCUGGGUUUUUAGAUCACGUUUCGAUGAGUUUCAGAAGAUGGGCUUGUUAUCCGAUGCUAUUAGGAAGAAUCAGGCGGAAUUUUAAGCAUAUAAUGUUAUUGGAUGUUAAAAGCUUGAUGAUACUGAGUGACCCACUCGGCCGUGUCAGGAAUCGGAGUCCCGAGUCAGUUUAUUUAUUAACAAAGGAAAGCAGCUCCGGCAAGCAUGGCAAGAGGAACUCGGAUAAAACCCAGUCUCAUUCUCAAAUUAACUCGGCGAUUUUGAUGGGUGGAGCUAGAGGGAUUCGGAGGUUAGCCAAUGCAAUGUUGACGGAGAUUGUUAGAGCUACCAUGCAGCAUAAGAAGAAGAAUUCGAUAUCCGAGUCAGAGAUCUUGAGUCAACUCGUCGGCAAUGGGCAUGUACUGAAGAAUGUUGACGUGAUCACAUCAAGCGAGUCAAUUCAGGAAGCGAGUUCACUAACGGGUUCCAGGUCCAACUCAGCUGCAGCAGAUUAUUCAAUAAUACAACGCGGUAAUAGUAACCAUGAUCUUCAUCCCAUAAUUAUGCAGCUAAUAUGCUUAUCGGAAACAAAUUCUUACGUUUAUAGGGAUUGUUAGAAAAUAUAAUAUAUUAAA